UUAGCAGGGGCCACAGGGUCAGUGCAAACCACUCAGGAGGCUGGUCGAUCGGCUGUCGGCAGGAGGGCUGACCAGGCCAGUGGCCAAAGGAGGGAGGGAGCCCAGGAUUGGAGCUGCCUGUCUCCUUUCAGGCCAGUGGCUGUGUGGACACACCGAUUACUCACCAGCCUCCCCCUUUUGUCUGCCAGCCCAGCCUGACUCCUUGAGAUUGUGAAUAGCUCCAUCCAGCCUGGGAAGCAAGCUGGACAGCUGAGCCGGGCUGCGCCCAGAGUGCCCAACAGGCCCAUGCUGAGGCUGGAGGCCUCCCCCCGGCUGGGGGGCCACCAGCUUGGCCUCCUGCCCAUGCUCCUGGCUCUCCUUGGCAUGACCUGGGCAGAAGUGCAGCCACUUCAGCUGCAGGAGAAGCAGGUUCCAAUGCCGGAGCCCUGGCCCCCAGCUCUCAGCCCCGGGCUCCUGGACCUCUUUACCCGUCUCUUGGUCUCAGCCCCCUCCUUUCGCUACCUCUCUCUGUCUCUGCGCUGCAUCCUCCCACACCCACCACCAUGGCCGGUCCCAUUUCAGGUCUUGUUCUCCCUGAGCAGGAAGGAGAGCUUCUUGCUCCUCUCGCUGCACAACCGCCUGCGCAGCCGGGUCCACCCCCCUGCAGCCAACAUGCAGAGAAUGGACUGGAGUGAGAGGCUGGCUCAACAGGCUCAGACUAGGGCGGCCCUUUGUGGCGCCCCAGCCCCAAGCCUGGCUUCCAUCCUCCGGGCCGCACCCCAAGUGGGCUGGAAUGUGCAGCUGCUGCCCAGAGGCUCGGCAUCCUUCAUCCACGUGGUGAGCCUGUGGUUCUCAGAGGGGCAGCGGUACAGCCACGCAGCGGCCGAGUGUGCCCCCAACGCCACCUGCACCCACUACACUCAGCUCGUGUGGGCCACCUCAAGCCAGCUGGGCUGUGGGCGGCACCCCUGCUCUGGGGCCCAGGGCGAGAUGGAAGCCUUUGUCUGCGCCUACUCUCCCGGGGGCAACUGGGAGGCCAACGGGAGGACCAUCGUCCCCUACAAGAAGGGCGCCUGGUGUUCGCUCUGCACAGCCAGCGUCUCGGGCUGCUUCAAAGCCUGGGACCACGCCGGGGGGCUCUGUGAGGUCCCCAGGAACCCGUGUCGCAUGAGCUGCCGGAACCACGGACAUCUCAACAUCAGCACCUGCCACUGCCACUGUCCCCCUGGCUACACAGGCAGAUACUGCCAAGUGCGGUGCAGCGUGCAGUGUGUGCAUGGCCGGUUCCGGGAAGAGGAGUGUUCCUGCAUCUGUGAUGUCGGCUAUGGGGGAGCCCAGUGUGCCACCAAGGUGCUUCCCUUCCACACCUGCGACCUGAGGAUCGACGGAGACUGCUUCAUGGUGUCCUCGGAGGCAGACACCUAUUACGGAGCCAAGAUGAAAUGCCAGGGAAAGGGCGGGGUGCUGGCCCAGAUUGAGAGCCAGAAAGUGCAGGACAUCCUCGCCUUCUACCUGGGCCGCCUAGAGACCACCAACGAGGUGACCGACAGUGACUUUGAGACCAGGAACUUCUGGAUCGGGCUCACCUACAAGACUGCUAAGGACUCCUUCCGCUGGACCACCGGACACCAGUCCUUCACCAGUUUCGCCUUUGGGCAGCCUGACAACCAGGGCUUUGGCAACUGUGUGGAGCUGCAGGCAUCGGCCGCCUUCAACUGGAAUGAUCAACGUUGUAAAACCCGAAACCGCUACAUCUGCCAGUUUGCUCCGGAGCACAUUUCCCGGUGGGACCCAGGGCCCUAAGCCCCGGCCGUGCCUCUCCCCUGCCAGCACCUGACUGCGCAGCCCUGCUUGCCUGUCUGCCCACCUGUCUAGACCAAGGGCUGGCCUAGGGCUGCAGGCCCAACAACCCAAGAGGCCUCAGAGCUUGCAGGGAGUGGGGCAGGGGCACAACGGAGGCGGACAGGGAGACUUGCACAGGAGAUGGGGAGACUGGGGUCCCCCGCUCUGGUUUUGAUUGAGAAGAUGGGUCUUAAUUCAGCACUGAGACAGGAGUCUGGGCAGGGGUCAGAAGAGACCACUCUCCUCCAUCUGGGCUGACCCUCUGUGCUGCCCAGGAUGCACCCCACAAAGGAUUAAACUGAGUUAUGGAUCAGCCA